CGGCUAACAAGAGUAUCGAUUGCGUGUCGCGUGCAAAUGAAUUAAAAUAUGGCCGACGAAGGCGAGGACGAAACUUGUGAUCAAACCAAGCAAAUUCCCUGGCAAGUAAGUUUGCAUUACGUUGCUUUAUUUGUCGAAGAAUAAUAUUUCCUCUACAAGCCACUUCUACAGCAUAUGAAGGAGGGGAAUACUAUUUAAGAGCGACGGUCGACAGGAAAUAUCGACCAUCGAGUGGCAAGAGUUGAAAAAUCCAUUUCUUCAUUUUUUGUCCAUAAAUAGCUUUUAGGUAGAUAAGUAAUCUGAUGUACCUUGUUCUCGCAAAAAGCCUUUUAUUUUCGAGAAAAGUAAGAAUACCAGUUUUCGUGGUCGGAGUCUGAAAAUGGCCGUAUUUUCAACUCGAAAAUUUGCUAGCAUCAUCUCUCCUCGUGUUCGCAAGUAAAGCAGUAAGGAGAAAUUUGAACACUUUCCAUUAAUAGAAUAACUCUUCUUCUUUCACUAGAAGAUACUUUCAAAGCAAUAUCAAGACGCGUUGAACUAACAUAAUUCAAAAACGAAGAACAGGUUUUUACGGUGACAAUAACUUUAAUUUAGUGGUUGUUUUUUGCGGCAUUUUUCUUCUUGUGGUAUAGCUCAAAAUUUUCCCGGUCCUCGUUUAUUCACACAUUCAUCUAAAGAAUACCUUAGAACUGGCUUGGGUUCCUUUAGGUAGCCUCCAAACGAAAGCAUCGAAGUCCGGUAAAAAUAGUGAAGCGUGACCAAAAUAACUUAUUUAACGGCUCCAAGUUUCCUCGAUCGUAAAGCAACAAGAGGAAAUAUCUUCCUGUUCCGUCAUCCUUAGCGAACUACCUUUGUUAAAGUCCUUAUUUUCCGAUACAAAGUGAUAACCAGAAAAAGCGCGUUUGAUUUUUUGUUCUUCUAAAUAUAUACUGUCGGGAUCGAAAAUGUUACUCUUUCAAGAAUUGCGUUGCGUUACUACCGUGAUUUUGACAGCUCCGUCUCUUCAAACGUAAGUUAUGUCACGUGCAGUCACGGAACAGAUUGUCACGCAGAAGCGCCGGCUGGUAUUGUUUCAAAAUGGCUAAAAUUGACCCAGUUUCACCUUUUUACCCCACUCUUUGAUUGGAAAAAGGAAUUUUGCAAUGAGAAAACCUACAAGAAGUACAAAAAACGAGCCUUUAGGCUGUAAAUAUCUACUUUUGUGCGUUUCGAAAUUGGAAGUGUUUCAACAAUUACCGCCGGCCUACCAUGAAAAUUCCGGAACUUCGAUGGUGUCUUACAGGGAUUACAUUCAAUAACGCCGGCCAAUGCCCAGGUAUGUUUUAAAUGAAUGUCUAGAUGCGUGAUUUAAAUAGCAUGAAGAGAAUUUGGAGUUAUACCACAUGUUAAAUAUUUCCGUCGAAAAUGAGUAACGAACUUAAGUUUUUGUUAUCCUGAAAAUCUAUCCCUCAUUUUUAAAUUAUUUCAGUACGACGAGCUUUGCAGGCUUUGCUAUUGCCCUGAAAGUAUCGUUUGGUGGAAGAAAAAGAAUUUUUCUGUUCAUGGAAAGUGUCCAAAUUUAUCCAUGCGGCUUAGUUUGCAAACGCAAGGAAAGUUAAUGUUAGCGAAUUUCAGGUUAAAAAUUAGGGGUGGUCUGAGACUCCGACAUCGAAAACCGAUCUUAUAAUUUUUCUCACAAAUAAAAGGCUUUUGGCGGGAACAAUCUACAUUAGGUUUCUUAUCUGCAUAAAAGCUAUCUAUGAACAAAAAAUGAAAGAAAUUGAUUUUUCAAUUCUUGCCGCGAAAUUAAGAUUUUGGUCGAUUUUUCCUAACCGUCGCUCUUAAUAGGGAGUUUCGCUUAGUCAGGUUUUAGCUAUCGCUAAGUGCCAACGAGCAAAGAUUUUACCUAAACGCGGGCGCUGUUCAAUUUGUUUAGAAAUGUCAUGAAUUACCGUAAUUUACGAAAAAAUAAUUUGAACUCAAUUCGAUUGCAUAAGUGAAAAUCACCUUCAUGGUGAACUAAACUGUUCUACUGCAUAAAGAAUUUGAAAUCCCAACUUUACAUAGCAAAUUUUUAGAAACUAAAAUUCGUGUCUAAGGGUUUGACAGGUCAUUUUGCGUAAAAUUUAGUGGUCUUAAAAGCGAACUUAGAAUCCUCGAAAAAUCAUGUUCAACUUGAAGGUAUAUAUUUGGCCUACAAAAGGAAGAAUUGUUCUAAAAAAGUUUGGGGCCGUACCUGUGCUUAAAUUUCUCCAGAGGCUUGCUUUAGAUUUUCCAUACACUUGUUUGUAAUUUUUCCCUGGACUUUGAAUUUUAAACAGUGGUUCUAGGUGUUCUAGCGCAUGUAACGCCCUCUCAAUAUUUUUCAGUAGAUUCCUUUGGACUGAAGCUUUAGUUUACAAUUUCUUUUUUUUCAGAACAACCAUUCUACGGAAAUUAUUCGACAUUAGAUUCUCAUACAAACACUGUAAUUUCUCACGCGUUUGCUUACAUACUCGUCAAGAUGGCGUCGAAAACCGUACGGUGACAAGGUCUAUUAUGAUGCCGCCUCGAAGACGCGAGGCUGCUCGUUAGCAAUUAGCUUAGGUUAUUUAAAGGAAACUUACACUACAUGAAGUUAAAGGCAAAAGAGGUUCUUGCGCUACCUAAACAAAUGAAACUGGUCGAAAAGACAACAAAUAUAUUGUACGUAUUCAGUGGCACGAAAAUAACUCGAUCAGUGUCUUCGGGCUUAAAGAAAUACAAGAAGUACAAGGCUUAUCCAUUCUUAAUUUCUGUCUAAAUUUCUUCUUAGAAGUUUUAACAGUUUUCCAAAGUUUAUCCAAUCUCGCUUUAUUUUUCAACGACAGUUCAAUAAGUGAGAUAAAUGACCCUGAAAGUCCGUUAAAAACGUCGAAACUCAUAUGUGCCAAACUUUGAUCGAUUCAAAUGCAAAUGAGCGAAAACGAUAGAUUCGACACAUGUGAAGCGUUUCAAACGAGGUUUACACUUAUUCACAACCAGAAUCAUUGCCAUCUUGAAAAUAUAAAAUUCUAUUUGUUGACUUUCCGACAACAGGUUUCCGGCAAGCUUGCCAGUUCAGUCCAAUAGUCUCCCCGCUGAAAAUAAAACAGACCGUUUAACAACCGUUGUAAUGCACUCGCCAUUUGCACAUCUCCCAUUAUCGUACAAUUUGUUUACCUCCCAAACCUUUGCAUAACAUUUGUUUUUGUUAUUUCUUCUGGGCAUUACAGUCGUCCCAAGAGAAAUAAAAGACAAUGCCAAUUUUGGGGGGCAAAGAAGGUGUUUUAUGGGAGAUGUGAAAAUUGCUAUUGGUGACCAGAUGAAUUUUACUUGAACGUACUUGCACGUUUUCUUCAUUUGGCAACAUUCAUUACCAAUGGCAUUAUGAAGCUUCGAACCCCGAUUAACAAAAUAUUUUGAAAACCUAGAAUUGUAGCUAGCGAAAACAAAGCUUUUUAAUUAUUCUUCGGGGUGUUGGGUGACAUAGAGAAGGGGGCCAUAACCGGACUAGUUGACUCCAAGAGGGGGAACUGAUAUAUAUUGCAUAAUGACUGCGCGUACAUCGUUCAAAAUUGUGGUGGGUUUGUUAUUCCGAUUGGUAAUCAUCAAUGCAAGAAAAAAAUUGGUAGAAGUUUUAACUUUGCGACUUCUUUAAGACAUAUUUUUGCUCUUAAUACUUACUUAAUACUUAAUCUUUAAAUGGCAAGUAUUUGUCAAAGACAGUUUCUUUAGCAUGAAAAUGAAUAUAAAGCGAUUGAAACUAAAACAAAACGCUGCUUAAAGGUUAGAUGCUUCUCUUUUUUUGUGAGGGUUAAACCAGGUGAAUGACUAUUUGCAAAGGGCCUUUUUUCAGCUAGUUAGUCACGUGGUACAAAACCACCCUACUAGAGAGCAAGAAACGCACACGAUGGGAGACUAACAUCGUGUAGUUGCAGAAAAUAUCCAUACCACCCCCUUCCCACGGAGGGCAACGGAAAUUCAGAGGAGAGCGGGGGUCCAAAAGGAGGCAAUUUGCGAGGGGUUAGGGGUGGCUUCUCUAGUCUUUUUUUUUUCGGGGGGCUCCGAGUAAAAUUGAUGAGCAAAUUAUUGUUUUUAUCGAUGAUCUUUUAUUUGCAGUCGGCUUAGUGCCUUUUUUCACGGCUUGCACGAAAGUGUAUGUACACGAUUGUUGUCGGCUCAUGAAUAAAAUUCCAGUUAUCAAUCUGUUGCUUUGUUGCACAAUGUAUUGUGGUAUUCAAUGAAAUGUGGUCAUGUUCUAAUAAGCCUUCCUCUAACAUGUCUGAAAGGAAGCAAUUGAAGUUCACUGGUUUGAGAGAUGGCAUCACUUGUGUCGUGUACGUCCGUAUCGCCUCCAUGGUUCUCAGUGACUUACCGUUAAUAAUUAACUAAAAAAGACCACUACAAGGCAAAAUUGAGAUUAUUUGACACUGUAUUAACUUAAUUUCUUUAUCGCAGAAACAAUUAUCUUUCGCAUAAUAGCAUAGUGCAAAGGCAUUUUUGACGGAAAUAUUCCUUCCGGGGGGUACACAGCCAUUUUUCAAACUUACGGAAAUUCCAGGGGUGGUGGGGGGGAAAAAGCACCCCUGGAAUGGAAAUUCCAAUGGGGUGGGGUGUCUAAAACAAAAACCUUUUCCGUGAGGGGAGGGGGGGGGGGAUGGAUAUUUUUUGGAGCUACAAAAUUUAAAAGAUGUUAGCCGUAUGUUUGUCUUGUCCCACUGCGUCCCUUGCUCUCCAGUAUCAGGAGCGUAUGACCCACUGGGUCAUAGUCUCCUGCCAGUACGCAUGGCGAUUUUGGAUCAUGUUGUCGAUGCUAAAGCUCCUUAAUGUCUAGCUGCUAAGGGCCUAGAGCAGUUCUAAGCAGCAAUUGUUUAUGGCUUAAUUUAGGGAAAUACUAAAUAAAAACUGUCCACCUGUCAUAGGACAGGUCAUAUCGGACAUGGUUAAAUUGCCAAUGAAAUUUACGGAGAAAACUACUAAAUAAUUCAAUUUAGUGAUAUAAUUAGCUCAUGGCCUAUGCUUCAACCCGUUAUACGAAAAUCAAGAAAGAAUCAUUUCCCGUGUGGCACAAUGUAUGCCGACAAGCUUCAGCUUCAAAAGAAAACAGCACGAAUUGAGCGUUUAUUCAGACUUUUUUUCUUUGAAACCUGCUGUAAAAAAGUAAUUUUGGAUCCUUGAAGCUGAGGAAAUGAGUAUAAAGCCUUUUCUGACAUCUUGAGUGGGCCUUCAACCCUAUUCAGACCUGUCUUCUUUUUUUGUGCUUCCUGCGGCGGAGGGGGGAGGGGGAGGAGGUCUCCUGCAGCCGCCCCUAUAACUUCAAAAACGCUUAUGAUACGGCUACCAAAAUUACACAGAAUAAUGUUCUCAUCAUUUCCAACAUCUAGGCACAACGUGAUUGGUAUAGUGACGUCAUUAUGACUUCAUAUUGUUGAAUUUCGUCCCCUCAAAGCGAAAAAUUCUUAAAUUGUGAGGUGUCUAACACAAUCAAGAUAUAGGUUAACACAUUAGUAACCUUUAACAAUAGCUGUAACGUCAUUGGAUCCGCCAUUUUGAAUUAGCUAAAUGUAUUCAAUUUUCCUAAAAUCCCUGUUGGCUAGAACCUCUUUAGAACCUCUAAUUUUGUUGGCCGGAAGCUCUAUUGUUUCAGAGUUAGGGUUCAUUGUUAGUUUUGUUUGGGUGAGGGCUAUCUAUUGUUUUCUAAACCAAUCCUGUGAGCCGUUCUUAGAACUUCCGGCCCACCCAUGAAAACACGUUUACAUGGGGCUAAUCGUGACAGAGAAAAAUGGAUCUGUGUACAAAAGGAUGCUCAGGAAGCACAAAAAAUUCGCAAGUUUAAAAAUGCCGAGAGAAACAAGCAUUUUUAAAACUUGAUCUAAAUUCAUGUUUUUUUUUCUCAAAUUAGUUACUAAAAAGCGUUACUAAUAGCCAUAAUUGGUAAGUUAAAAAUAUAUUGCUUAAUUAGGUUUCAUACUAAAAUCAAUUUUUUUAAUAAGUAAAAUUACAAAUCCUCCAUUAUACGAAAAAAGCAAAUUUUGAAAAACAUGACUGUCAAAACUCGGUUGCCAUGGGAACAUCGAGGGUAGCGUACACGUCACGACAACUUUUAAAUGUUCUCAGAUAAUUUUUAGGAAAGGUCGCCAUGUUUGGUGGUCAUAGACUUAUCAAUGCAUGAGGGCAAAAAAGACUGUCGGAAAGUUGCUAGUCGUGGAAGCGCUGGGUUAUUCUUAAUGAUUUUAUGCUUACUUGUGAUAAUUAGAAUCUUUAAGAGAAAUUAUUCUAUAAGGGGAGGCUCCGCCCGGAUUUGGUACCUUUAUCAGGCGUCAGGUUUAUCAAACGGUGGGGAACUGACUAUAUGAAGAAACUGAAAGGGUAGGAAAAUCGGAAUUUAAGCAUGUGAAAGGGCCUUUAAAGGGCCUUAUCUUCCAUAGCGACGAGCCUUAAACGUUACACAAGGAGCCCAUGGUAAAACGAAAAUAACAAGAAGACUCCCAUGUUAAAGGGGUACCAUUUUUCAGUGGAAGGUAUACGAAAGAGGUACCUCUUUGUAUAUUAUGAGUGAUGAAUUUUACCUCGGGGAGGAGCCAUCCCGUACAAAACCGUAAUGUCCAAAAUCUGGACUAAACCGAUUAUAAAACCGUGCUUGCGAUUGGCUCGGCGCUAUCUAAGUAAGAGGGUUCCAGAGGCUUUUAAUUCUCGCGCUUGUCACUGCUGAAGAUUUGACUGAAACUGAAAACCACGCAUAAAAAGUCUCUGGCACCCAUGGUAGCUACUCACCCGAUUGAAUUUAAUAGCGAAAACAGUAGAGCCAAAAGAGGGCUUAUACUGAAGAUAUUUCUCCUUUGAGCAGGAAGAGAGGGAGGAGGAGUCAAGUGAUUUAGAGGACCCGGAGCAACCAGUGGAGAUGGUGGAACCGCAGCAACCAAGGGAACCGGAGCAACCAGAGGAACCAGAAGUACCGCGGAAUGUUGAAAAUGCAGAAAAUUGCACUCCAUCAGACAAUGGUAAAAACCAGCUAAAUUCGUUAGUCUUACUGAAUGUUUUGUUGAGCACAGAAAUAUUUAUUUUUUGUAAAUGCUUUUUGAGUCAAAUUUGACCAAUUUUUGUAUUCCUCUGACAAAUUUUGGAGGAAAAGAGGCCUUGCUGACCGAAUCAGUGUCACUACCGCAGAAGCAAAAGCUUCCGAAAGUCGGCGGAAUCUCGUACUGAUAUCGUCCAAACUAUAACACAUGAAGUCUCCAUCUUUUUGCAGUGUUGCUUAGCCUCGGUGGCUGAGUGAAACAAGUUGAUAAUUCCUAGGGACCCUAUAAAAGUUCAGAAAGAAAAAUAAAAUUUCGUCUUUGCAUUUUCACGUCACAGUAGUGCAAUAACGGCAAAGAGAUGUACAGAAAAGUGCCAAGUACAGGCUGGAUUCACCUUGCCACCGCGUCGUUGGAUACCUCAAAGUCUCAAUGUUUUCUGUGAAUCAAGAGGAAGUGAUGUAAUAAAAGCGUUUUGACGAAGGCGUCAUUUGGAAGUGCAUGCUUUAUAAAAAAGCAAACGGUCGUUUGCAGUGGUUUCUCUCCCUUCAUAGCACAGCGUCAAGCCUACGUGGAGAAACUACUGCUCGCGGAGUAGUGUUGUCUCGAUGGUCACCUUGAAAGCGUUACUGACAUUUUGCCUCAAAUGAUUGCUUACAAAACUCGCUCGCGCGAACUUUGGCCCAUCUCCACAUCACACACGAAACAACUAGAAUAUCUUGAGAAAGUUCUAAGUUUUUUUUUUUCCAAUACCUGUAAAAAGUAUUAAAGGGAGGUAUUUCAAAAGUGAAGAUGAUUCGUUGCACGAAAUAACAAGUAAAAUUGACUCGUACAUCGAAAGAAAACUCUCACUUUCUCUAAUAUUUCGCCACCAUUGUUUGCCAUCUUAUGCACAAGUCUUCUACCACUUCUUCUUCCUCAUUGUGUCACUUAAUGAUUGGCAAAGAUUGCUGCAAAAACGCGAAACACGGCAGAUUUUCAUGCCAACUCGAAUCCGCUCGAGGAUAUUUCAAAGCCGCCAUGUCGUGAUGUUAGACCACGUUAUGCUAAUAGUUUCACGCAUUUAUAAUUUCCAAAAGUUGAAAUGCUCUGAACUGUAACUAUCAUCUGAACGAACGUAACUAAUAUUAUUUUGAGUUUUAAGUUGUCCAUUUUUUUGUGUCUUAGCUAGAACACGCCAUACUAUAAUAAAAGGUGACCAAAAAAACAAACAAACAAACAAAGAAGGCCAAUGGCUGAUAGUGUGGCGUCCACCGUUUUAAAAACAACACCUACAACAUCAGAGUUUUAUCCUCGGUAAUUUUUAACAAGGGCUAAUUAAUGGUUAAGAGGUCAUUGAUCAUUGGAUAUUUAGAAAGGCUUAUUUGCAUUUCGUUGAACAGGAAAAAAACCAUACUCUAACAAAACCAAGAAGAUUGCAGCUGCUGCAGCCGUGGGGGUGGCUGCUACUGCUGUAGGUGUACUUGCCGCUCCAGUGAUUGCUGGUGCUGCUUUGGGUGCGGCUGGAUUCACUUCUGCUGGAGUAGCUGCUGGUUCUAUUGCAGCAGGUGUACAGUCAGCUGUUUAUGGUGGAUCUGUAGCUGCCGGAGGUCUGUUUGCUCUUUGUCAGAGUGCAGGUGCCACCGGAGUUAUUGGCUCAGCGGCGACUGCUGCCAUCGGUGGUGGUACUGGAUUAACUGGGAUUGCUGCAACUCUGGGGAGUUUAAAAUUAUUUGUAAGGCUCGAAAGUUUGCAUGAUUAGUAUGUUAACAUUAAUAGCGGACAGCAGAAUUAAACACAAAGGUGCAUUGGGCUGCUGCCCCGACGAAUAGAACAUGCAUAGAGAGGAGCUUUAAAAUUCAUGCAAUAUCAGACAAAACAAUACUAAAACUAAGAACGAGAAUAAUUUUGGGAAUUUUCAGUUAGUGUAAGUUUGUCACGUUUUGAGUGUCAUGUAAUAUUUUUGAAGGGUGCGGGGUUGGGUUGGGGGGUUUGGAGAGAGGGUGCAUUCUGAAGAUGUCCCAGUUAAAAAUAAUAGCUUUCUUUUCUCGUUCUGAUAGGAUAAUUUGCCUUUUCAUGUUUUCAUUCAUAUUGGUGGGAUUGAUGUUUCCCGUUUUUCUUGUUUAUAUUUGAAACGACUAGCCUAAUCGAAUGAUCGUCCCCAUUUUAUAAAGCAGAAGAACGUAACACGCAAUGCCUUCUGGGGCGGUUAUGCGUCCGCCAUUUUGUCUUUUUUAGUUGGGGACGACUGCCACGGGCAGUCAAAUAGAGUCCUUUAGAUCCGACUACGAGUACGACUACCAGUACGAGUUUACUGUUUUUGAAGAGCUGCGCAUGCGUCAUGACCGUGACAACAUCACGCAAGUGAACAAACUCGUUGUCCACUUUUCGUCGCCGACAACUUUUUUCUGAAAAGUGGUAGUGGGGACUACGAGAUUUUGAAGGUACGUUUGUUUCUUUGGCCUAAGGUGAAAAGAGUUGGUUUGUUAAAUGCACCUAGUGAAGCGGUGAAGAAAGUUUUAAUUACAAACGUUUGUCACAUUUGGCAACGGAAAUGACAAACCUUUACAGACGCUCUUUACAGCUUACUUUAGCCAAUGUAGCUUCCCCUUUCUAAGAAAAAUACCUUGCAUUCUAUAAAGCCAUAUUAAAUUAUCGUACCGCGGUGAGGACGAUGAACAUGUGAUCGGGAGAAAAAAAUCUUGAAUUACGCAAACGUGGUCGUUCUUUUUCUUCAGGCAGAAUUGCUCUAAGAUUUUCUGGACCUAUAAGCUUAUUUAAACGAUUCGGUAAUUUUCUUCCGAAAGAUGAACUUUAAAUUUUUAUUCAUAAAGGUUCUGGCGAAUCCACCAGUUUUUAAACUCUUACGGGCUUCAAACGUAGUUUCUUUCAAUUAAGGUGAUAUUUUAGUUAUCAGAAGGUCGUUUUCAUUUUUUCGCCUCUAGAGUUUACCUAAAGAAAAUAAUUUUUCACUGAGUUAUUAAAUAAGGUAAUGCUCUUGAAACAAAACUUGAGCUAUUUCUUAUAUUAAAGGUCAUAUAAGUUAAGCAUAACUUAUUGAUUAAGGUGGCUCCGUCAUUAAUACAGGCGCAUUUAACUGUUACGAAGUUUUCGUCCUAACGUUUUUGCUUUUAACGUGAUGGCUGAGAAACUUUGCAAAGAACAACAGAUAUCAUUCGGCAAUAGUACGAAAUAUUCCGAUUUCGUUGAUGGCAAAUAUAUUUUGCUAAAUUAGCGCUCAAAAGGACCCUACUGUUCAAAGAAAAUUGCGUCUAGUAAAAAACAUUUGCUGAUAUUUUUUACUGAAAUUUCUGGUAUCGGCUUUAAUUGAUAUAAUAUUAAAAUAUGCUAGAGGAAUUUCAGAAAAAUCGUUGGAGCAGAAGUCCGUGACUAAAAGUCGUCCAAAUUUAGCUGUGAAAUUGUUUUGGAAUUUCAAGAAUAAAUUGCUCUCAGGUAGAAGGAGACACCAGUUUGAAUUUUCGGGACAAGUGAAUUCAAGUUUGCUAAUUCUUAAAGCAAAAGCCGAUUGCCUAUCGUGCUAUUCUUUAAAAGGUACUUUUUAGACCCUGUUUACAUGGAGUGGGGGACCCCGGUCCAGGGUGAAAAGAAAAUCAUUUUUACAGCUUGCCAUUCGGGCAAGCUGAAGCUAGCAUUUACUAGCCCAGACGUCAUUUCAACUAGCCCCAAAAACUUUUUGUUCUUCUGUUAUUCAAAUUCCUCAUAAAACAUCACUUGCCCGUCGGGCAAGUUAAAAACAGAAUUCACUAGCCCGAUAGCAAAAUCCACUAGCCCCGGGCUAUCGGACACUACUUUCUUUGCACGCUGCCGGUCUAGUGGGGUAGGUUUCUUUUGUUUUGUGUCCCCCAGAGCGUGAAAAGAAAAGAAACCAACCCCACUAGACCGGGGUCCCCCACUCCAUGUAAACAGGCCCUUAGUUUUAUAAGCACUAUAAAUUGCUCCAAUUCUUGCUCUGAAGUAGAAUGACUUGUUUCUUGACAUUUUUGAAAUAUCCCUUGGAAGUUUUGGCUCAAACUCCUGCUACAUGCAUUUUGAUGUAUUGCAAUGCAUUUUCAUUGUUUUUACUGCCGUUCGUUGCUUCCAACUCAGGAAAGAGGUAUUGAGAUUGGACGCUACCUCGUAUCAGAGCUCAGAUAGAACUGUUCAGUACCUUUGUUUAUGACUAUAAAAUGAGCACGAUUGGCAGUUCUGCAAAGAAUUUCGCACCUCACCCAGGGGGGACGAUCGACAAUGAUGCCCAUACCUGUGAACCGAAUCACAUCCCAGUGCAAAAUAAAAUUAUCGCAAAAAUACUGCCCGUGAAUAAAUUUACAACUCUGAAAUUUUUGUCACUCCUUCCUUCAAUGAAUGGGUGGUUUUUUUCUUGAUUAUCAUGUUUUGCUCUGCAAUACAUGUUUAUACAGAUCGGUUCGCAGAGAUGGGCAUCAUUGCCGUUCAUCCCCCCUGGCUGAGGUGCGAAUUCCUCGCAGAGCUGCCGCUCGUGCUCAUUUUCUUGCCAUAAACAAAGGUGCUGGACAGUUCUAUCUGAGCUUCGAUACAAGGUAGCUUACAAUCCGAAUACCUAUUUCCUGAAUUGGAAGCAAUGCAACGUACAGCAAGAAAAGCCGUUGAGGAUGCAUUACAAUACAUCAAAAUGUAUGUAGCAGGAGUUUGAACCAAAACUGCCAAGGGAUAUUAUAAAAAUGUCGAGGAAGAAGUCAUUCGACUUCAGAGCAAGGUUUGGAGCAAUUUAUAGUGCUUCUAAAACUAAAGAGGGCCUUUUAAAGAAUAGCACGAUAGGCAAUCGCCUUUUGUUUUCAGAAUUGGCAAACAUUGAAUUCACUUGUCCCGAAAAUUCGAACUGGUGGCUCCUUCUACCUGAUAGUAAUUUAUUUUUAAAAUUCUAAAACAAUUUUACAGCUGAAUUUUGAGCGACUUUUAGUUACGGACUUCUGCUCCAACGAUUUUUCUGAAAUUUUUUUGGCAUAUUUAUUAUAUCAAUGAAAGCCGAUACCAGAAAUUUCAGUAAAAAAUAUCAGCAUUUUUUUCUAGACGCGAUUUUCUUUGAACAGUAGGGUCCUUUAAAGCGCUAAUUUCUCAAGAAAUAUUUACCAUCAAUGAAAUCGGAAAAUUUCACAUUAUUACCGAAUGACUUCUGGUGUUCUUCGCAAAGUUUCGCAGCCAUCGCGUUAAAAACGAAAAAGCUAUGACGGAAAUUUAUCACAGCUAAAUGCUCUAGUAUUAAUUACAGAGCCACCUUAAGGCAAGCGAUUAAAAAUUUAUAGACAACCUUAUUUUUGUUUUUUUUUAAUUUACCAUCUAAUUCGUACGGGAAUGAAAUAAAUAAAACAUUAUUCCUUAUAGCUUUCCAGUUACAGAUGUCGUGAUAUUGUCAUUUUAUCCUUUCCUGUUGUUGACAUUAAUUAACAGUGAUUUAGAGCAUAAGUAAAACCUUUGUUAUCGUUUAUUUAUUAUUAUUGUUAUUUUUUUUUUUGAUGAUAGGUUACCAAAGAUCUAAAUUGCGCACAUUCCUUGCUUUUUGGUAUCACUGAAGUAAGAGUUAAAAUCCACGGGUGGAGCUUCUUUUUAUGGAAAUCUAUUCCAAACACCCUAAAAAUUUUUAGCUAUGUGUUUGUUAGUUGGAAUAAUUUGCAUGUUUUGUUUUCUAUGGAAACAUCAACCUUAAAUAACCUGUUUUUUCCUCACAACUGAGUUUGUGUUAAAGUAAAACAUUUUUUUGCAAAUAAGUAUUCAUCCCUUCAUUUUCUGCUUUUAUUUUUCAACUGAUGAAAAUAAGACGUGAAUCUUCUUUAAAAACAAAAUGAUGCACUCUUGUGACCUUUCAUCAUUAAUUUCUUUCUUUUUUUACCAUCAGAUAUUUUUAUUGCUAUUUUGGGUAAUGCCAUGUAACUCAAAGGAAGUACCUAAUAAAUUGUUGUUGUUGUUGUUGUUGUUGUUUAGACCACCAUGGCCAAAACGUGAAGUAUUCAUCUGGAAAAAAUUUCAUGAGACUCCUUUACUAAAAGAGGUUCUGUUGGAAGAACCGUAUAAGUUUAAUCCUGGAACAAAACAGAGAGGGACUGCUUGGUCUCAUAUACUAGACACCUUGAAUAAACAGGAAAUGAAGGUAACACAAAGGUCGGUGCGAGAAAAGUUCGACAAGCUCUAUCAAGAGUUCAAAGAAAGGGGAAAAAAUGAGAUAAUGGCUAGUGGUGCUGAAGUUGAAUAUGAUGAAAAUCAUCGAAGCAUUAACAGAAAUUCAUGAGAGGAUGACAUAAUGUGAAGAGGUGCGACAAACAAAAGAAACUACUGAGAAAGUAACAGCAGUGGAAAUGAGAAAGACAGCAACUGAAAAGUUGAGUGCUACCAAUAGACGAAAUAGAGAUGCAGAUGAUGGUGAUGAAUCAGAAGAGGAAUCACCAAAGAAGAAGCAAAGCCAUACAAACUUACUGGAAAUGAUGCAGCAGAGUAUAGCCAUGAAGAAAACUGAACAGCAGGAGCACUGGAAAAUUAGACAAAGAGAGCUUGAUCUAAGGCCUCAUCAGAAUUACAACAACAGCAACAAUUUCCAAAAAGUUGUUUUGCAACAUCAGCAGCAAUUUCAGCAGGAGCAACAAGCCAUGAAAAAUGCACCAAAAUAAUGCAAAAUAAUACAGCACAUACAUAAAUGUAGCAUUUAACAAUACAAUUUUGUUGGAGAAUUUUUGAUAUGUACGUAUGCAUGGUACCAACAUUUUAUAAUGAUGGUAUUUCCACAAAUAGUUUUAGAAACCAUGAUGGCUGUAUCAUUUACUAUGCCUUUUUUAUCAUAUCACAGUUAACUUUUAAUGUUUAUCAUCUUUGAAAAUAUUUAAUGGUUUGACUCAUUAUACCAAACUAAGGGAGCAAAGAGAUUACAGUCAAACCUGUAAUGGCCUUGUAAUGGCCUUGUGUCUAACGGUCACCCUGUAUAUUACAGUCAGAUGACAUUUUUCAAAAUUAUGUUGCCUUAUAUUUUCAAUAAAGUUUACCUGUACAUGUAUAUAGUUACUGUAGUCAUCUGUAUAUAAUGGGGGCGGUCACCCUUUUGACUUUUGGUCACCAAAUUUUAUUACAAUCAAAUGUUUGGCGAAUAAUAACAAACUUUCGUUAAAAAUUUAUUACAUUGUCGUUGACUGCUUUUCUCAAAUAGUUCACCGAUCACUGAUUUAUUAUCUCAAGUACUUCACUAAUCUGAACAUUAGACCUUUGCAAAUCAUGUUUUUGUUUCUUAAAACUGAAAGUAUUCGUGGAUACUAGGUGGCGGCAAAUCAAAAUAUGCACUGGUGCUGGAGACAUAAAAACAGGUUAGAACAUUUCUUAACAGACCACAAACAGAAUACAUAGUGCCAACUGCACUAACGGCCAAUUUUGAGGUUCUUUUUAAAGUCCAAACAAGCAAAACAAGAUUUGAUAUCACCGAAAACCCAUUCUACGGAAGACCUGACUUUGCUCAUGGAUAAGUUAAAAUCUUCUUGAUCUGUGAGGUGUCCUGUUCUGAAAGGAGCUUGGGGAUGGACUCUCAAAGGGUAGGCAGGAGCUCCAUAUAUACAUAGUGGAUUUCCUGCCUGAUCAAAAGAGUGCUGUUCCAGCUGGUCCAAGAGUCCUGACAACCUUAACAUGGCUGCAUCAUGUCUUUCCCUUCUGUAAAAAAUCAAAAUAGUUCACAGUUAAGUACGGAUCUACCACUCAAAAUCAAAGUAUGGAUCAGACACCCACCUCAAAUCGAUUGAGGCUUAUAGUUUCUGGCCAAGAUCGACAUACCAUACAGAAAAAAACAAGCAAGGCCAAGAAGUUUUUUAUAAUAACUUAAAAAAAGAUUUCCACCUUACAUGUACAAAAAAAAAAAUGUUGCAUCUCUUAAGAUCCCCCCAACACUUAUCUAAUGGUCUAUCCCUAAAAAAAUGGUCGAUUUGUUGAUCACCCCGCAUUUUAUUGAGCCAAAUUGACUGUGACUUACUAUGCAUGAUUUUUGACUCGUUGUGGCUAAAAAAAUUAAAACUGGAGAUAGAAAGCUACUUUCAUCAAAGUUUUGAAUUCCAUUUUCAAUAAUCUCUAUCUCAAAUAAAAUCAAUUUACUUUUGCGUUUCCUCAGUGGUCCGCAUUGAGCAUGACGAUACACAUAUUCUUGAAUAUCAAACUAAAAAAACCCUAAUGCAAAUAAAAUAAAGUGAAAUAAAAUAAAAUAUGGCUGUUGCUUCCCUACGUGUACGGAAAGUAUUUUUGGAAUAGGAUGGCAUUGUUGAUCAGAAAGUGGGUCGUGGCAUUGAUCACGAAAUCAAGCCAAUCGACUCACCUAUCGGACCAAAAAAAUUAGCGAUCAUACCAUUGGGAGGCACAACAGACUGAAACUUCAAACAGUGAACUCUUUUAUGACCAUUGUACACUACACGUAGGUUCUCUCCGGGCCGGCAGAUUGGUCUUAUGGUACCAUCGACAAAGCCCCAACAGUUGUCUAGGGCUGCGCCUUUCUGGUGGAUUGCCCGGGCAACCUCCUCCAGGUUGAUUCGGCUGCAACCAAGGCUGAUUGAGAUCUUGAAGAAGAUGACCUUGAGUACUGACAACAUGGUCGUUUACUUCUGCUAAAAUUAGGCUCAUUUCGGGAACUGAGCGACCCAAACGAGCAACCAUGUCACUCAGCCGGCAAUCUCUUUAGGAGCAUCAGAAGCCCUUCCUCUCGAGAAGCUUUGUAUUCUUAGAGCCUGGCUAAGAAGUUCUAUUUCGUACGGAGCAAACCUAAACUCAGCUUUCACUUCAGCAUCUAAGAGGGGGUCUUUGAGCCGUACUUCAAUUUUAUCAAAUUUCCAAUACGGAAACGGCGGAUUCUUCGUGGUUAAGUCGUUAAAAAUCCUUAGCACUUGCUCCUCGUCCAUCACGACGUCCAGAUAAAGCACCAUAGAUGCUCCUAAUCAAUUUUUCUUCGAAAACAUUGCGAAAAAAUUAGUAGCACGAAAACAGCCUCUGCGCGGCCACAACUCGUACUCCUAGUCGGAUAUAAAGGUCUCUAAUAGCAAGUGGAGUUGACGGAAUACGACCUAUUCGAUUCUAAAUUCAACAGCACAAAAUGUGUUGACAACAUUUGAAACUAAUCGAAUUCCAAAACAGCAACUAAGGAAAUAAAGUACUUCAUAAAAGGAACUUUGAAUGACUUUUUGUUAUAAACGAAAAGAGAACCGUAAAUACCGCUGUUUAGUUUCCUCACACCGUAUUGGCGUUUUUCUUGCAACGUAGUAACAUUCCAGAAAUAUUUCUGGUGUUCAGGUUUCUGAUCGUGAGUUUCACAGUCUGAAAAGUUAGUGAUGCGCAUAAAAUGAACAUAUAAUCUCUAUUUACAAGCUGUUUAUCUCUUUUCAAAAUCUUCAGUUAACCUGAUGUAUUCAAACGAUAAUAUGUACGUCAAAUCGAAAUUUAAGGACGUUAAUUGAAAUAAUUGAAACCAAGAAGCUCUAUAAUUAGUCAGUUUUAAAGCUUGCAGUGCCUUUACUCUAGAGCAUAGUGAUGAUGAUGAUGAUGAUGACUACGAAUGUAAUGAAAAAGGAAAAUACUAUUUAAAUUUGCUGUCCAAAUACUUUCAUAGGUUUGAACCUUUUUUGUCACUGAUAGAAUAAUAAAAGAACGUUUUUUUCCCUGACAACGGAUAUUAUUAAUAAUGCACAGCAGAUACAGAAUAACUUCGGUCAUGAAUCAAAUGUGCAAAAACACACCAAUUAAACAUAUACAUGUACUCAUUUAAUUUAUAGGGAAGGAAAUCAGACACCAUAAAGUUGGUGAUUUGUGGCAGCGGAGAUGGAGCCCAUGUGUUUGCUGGUAUCGCAUCUUCUCUUAAAGAAGUUGACGUUCGAGUUCUUGCUUUGCAUAAAGAUGAAGCAAAGCGCUGGAAUACUGCACUGCAGCAAAAGGAACUUGUGGUUACAUUUCGUUGUGAAGGGGAGAAUACCUCCAGUAUUGUAUCCAGACCAGCUCUGGUGACAAACAACCCAGAAGACGCUAUGCGAGAUGCUCAGAUGCUGAUAUUUAUGAUGCCUGCGGCCUGUCAUCAAGUUUAUUUAGAGGCUUUAGCACCGCACGUUCAACCUGGCACCAUUAUAGUUGGUUUACCGGGGAACCCUGAGUUUGACUCCCAAGUUCGUCACGUGCUCGGAGAAAAAGCGCAGCAAUGCACCAUCAUGAAUUUUGAGUCAUCACCUUGGACGUGUCGUACCACUGAAUUUGGAGUUAAAUGUGAGGUGACUGGAAUCAUGGACACACUGCUGGGGAAUGUCAAGGUAGGCCUAGUGUCGCUUAACGAGAACAGACUAUUACCUCGUGGAUUAUUUUAUUUUAUUUUAUUAGCUUCGCCAAAAACAAACAAACAAACAAACAGACAAAUAGAAAGAACGUUGACAGGGACACCGCAACAGCUGUGGCCAGUUACAGCGGGCCCUUUAUAUCACAUAAAGUUAACAUAAAUGACAUAUUGUAACUCAAACUACCCUAUUAGCACGGAAAGAGAUUUUUCGUCUGCCUUUUUUUUUACGUGUUACGUUUUUACGCAUAUGAGGGCAGCGCGGACAAUCGGUCGUCGCGUCAAGCUGGUCAUACGGUGACUCCUGGGCUCGAGCUACCGCUCCUACCACUAGUUGCUUGAUUUAUUUCUCGUUCUUCCCGAGUCGAAACCGUGGAGCGAGGUAACUCGUACCAUGAAGACACUGCAAGGGAUCUUCAAGGUCAAGCAAGUGACGCUGAAGGAGAUCUAACCACUGACUUUCAUAAUCCUAUUCAGUCCGCCGGGGCGUUUUCUUUGAAGUCAAUUAACUUUGAAGUCGUUUAAGCUAUGACCGCCAAAAGUUAACAACUUUCUAAGACUUUCUCUGGGAACAUUUUAAAGUCGUCGCGUCGGGAACAUCAACAUUGACGUUACCAUAGCAACUGAACUUUGACAGCUAUGUUAUGGAAAAUUUGCUCUUUUCUGUAAAAAACGAUUCCAUUUCGAUUCUGACCUAUUUAAUGAUUAUAUAACACCUAAUUAGGCAUUAUUACAAUAUUAAAUGUAGUAAAGCUGUUAAAUGUAAUCCAAAAUAGUGUCGCUUAAUUUUAAUCGUCGCUAAAUUAAAGUGAGUACAAUGUGAAAUUUCACCAUCCGCGUAUAACUUUAUGAGAAGAGCCUUAAGAUAUGACAUUACAGUUAGAGCAGUAAUAAUAAUAAUUUACUCACUUCUAUACACAGUUCGUUUAUUUCUUUCAAAAGUAAGUUUCAGAACGUCGUGUGAAGCUAUUAGCGUUAUGUUCUAAUGUAGUCGUAAACACUUUGAAAACCUUGGUUCACGGCCAAAGUUUAAGUUUAUGAAAUCGCGAAAAUUUGUGAGUUAUGUUUCAAAAUGUACGAAAAAUCGCUAACUUAACGUGUCGCCAAAAUUUCAUGAAAGGUAGCUCAAAAAUAACAGGUCCAAAAUGGCGGAUGUUUUCAGUUCCUUCAAUUUUCGUGUUUUUUUUUUUUUUACUUCUUUUGUCAUAACAUUGAUUUGAGCUCUGACAGCGACCAGAAAACAUUCAAAGGCCAGACCAUCAACUACAUUACCGGCCGGGGGCAUAAAGAGAAAAAAAAAACAAGAACAAGAGCAGCGGUUUGAAGGGUAACUUCAACACAGUGAGGAAAACGCGUUCAUUCCAUAUAUUGUUAGACAUGCAUUAAAAACAUGGGCACGAAUAUGUUCUAAUUAGAGUUUGAAACUGAAAAUGUUACAAAUAUGCACAGGACGAACAUAUUAUGUAUUUUUUGUGUGCAUUUGACCAGGGAGGAAGCGUUGCUUCGAAGAUGGACCCAGUUUGCAGCCUGCAGUGUCUCCUGGGAUCCCCCCCUGUACUGAGAGUAACUGAGAGGAUCUAAUACGACUGUUUAUGCCUUCCAAAAAGUACUACUUGUAAACUUUAUUUAAUACAAAGUGAUUUGAAAUCCUUGUAAACAACAGCAACAACGACAACAAGCAAUAAAGUAACCCAAAAAUAUGUGCAGUUCACAUCUAUAGUUCAAACUUUACACAUGUUACGCAAUACGAACAAUGAAAUUUACUAUUCUGUACAAUUUAAAAUUUGUCCAAAUACUUCGAUCGCAGAAAUCAGAUCGAAAGCGAAUCAGCAGA